AUCCGAAUCCGAAAAAAAAGAGAAUGAAGCAGAAGGGUUUUAAAGAGAGAGGUGUUGUAGUGGGGAAGAAAGUAAUGGUUGCUGUUAGAGCUUCAAAGGAGAUACCAAAAGCAGCUCUUUUAUGGACUUUAACUCAUGUUGUUCAACCUGGAGAUCGAAUUAGGCUUCUUGUUGUUGUUCCUUCUAAUUACACAAGUAAAAAGAUUUGGGGGUUCUCGAGGUUUACCAGUGACUGUGCUUCAGGUUAUGGAAGAUUUCUUGCUGGAACGAAUUCAGAUAGGAAAGAUGAUAUUCAUGAGUCUUGUUCUCAGAUGAUGUUUCAGUUACACAAUGUUUAUGAUGCAGAGAAGAUAAAUGUCAGAAUCAAAAUUGUUUUUGCUUCACCUGAAGGAGUUAUUGCUGCUGAAGCCAAGAAAUCCAACUCAAACUGGGUGAUUUUAGACAGAGGACUGAAGUAUGAGAAAAAAUGUUGUAUUGAACAAUUGGAGUGCAAUCUUGUUGUAAUCAAGAAGUCACAGCCAAAGGUUCUUCGUCUCAAUUUGGUGAAAAAUGCAGAUACAGAGCAUCCAGAAGCUAUAUCAAGGUUAGCGUCAAAGUCUGUCGAGGCUCGGAGAAGCUCAAGAACUGGAAAAAAGCUGAGGGAACCGUUUGUGACUCCUGCUAGCAGUCCAGACCAAGAAGUUUCUUCACAUACUGAUAUUGGGACUUCAUCAAUAUCUAGCUCUGAUGCUGGAGCCUCACCGUUUUUAGCUUCUCGAGUCUUUGAGGGUCUCAAGAAAGAGAAUUUGUGGGUUAAUGAUGGAAACAAGAGUUUCUUUGAAUCUGAUUCUGACUCGGAUGGUGAAAAGUGGAGUCCUUUAUCAAUGGCCUCUUCAUCUUCUCAUCCAGUGACAACAGCUGAUAUGCUGAGUCCUAGUGGGGAUUUAUCAAAAGCUCAUACCGAAACUCCAAGGAAAUCAAGAUUUUCGGUUCUUAGGCUUGCUUUAUCUAAGAAAGAACCUGAACCAGGAAAGGAAAUCCGUAAUUCUGAUACAUGCUUAAACAAAAGCGUGAGAGAAGUUGUUUCUUUAUCCAGAAAACCAGCUCCUGGACCUCCUCCACUAUGUACCAUAUGUCAACACAAGGCACCUAAAUUUGGAAACCCUCCAAGAUGGUUCACUUACGGCGAAUUGGAGACCGCAACAAAAGGUUUUUCUAAAGGGAGUUUCUUGGCUGAAGGUGGGUUUGGUUCAGUUCACCUAGGAACUUUACCAGAUGGUCAAAUUAUUGCUGUCAAACAAUAUAAGAUUGCUAGUACACAAGGUGACCGAGAAUUCUGCUCUGAAGUUGAAGUCUUGAGCUGUGCUCAACAUCGGAAUGUUGUAAUGCUCAUUGGAUUAUGUGUGGAGGAUGGGAAAAGAUUACUCGUUUACGAGUAUAUCUGCAAUGGAUCAUUGCAUUCUCAUCUUUAUGGUAUGGGGAGAGAGCCAUUGGGAUGGUCAGCACGGCAAAAGAUUGCGGUAGGAGCAGCUCGUGGGUUGAGAUACCUUCAUGAAGAAUGCAGAGUCGGUUGCAUCGUGCAUAGGGAUAUGCGUCCUAACAAUAUUCUUCUCACUCAUGAUUUUGAGCCUUUGGUUGGAGAUUUCGGGCUAGCGAGAUGGCAACCAGAAGGCGAUAAAGGAGUGGAAACCCGAGUGAUUGGAACUUUCGGGUACUUGGCACCUGAAUAUGCACAAAGUGGACAGAUUACAGAGAAAGCAGAUGUUUACUCUUUUGGGGUAGUCUUAGUUGAGCUUAUCACAGGAAGAAAAGCUAUGGACAUAAAACGUCCUAAAGGUCAACAAUGUCUUACCGAAUGGGCAAGACCAUUGUUGCAGAAACAAGCCAUUAACGAACUUCUUGAUCCGCGUCUAAUGAAUUGCUACUGUGAGCAAGAAGUUUAUUGUAUGGCGCUAUGUGCUUACCUCUGCAUUCGCCGUGACCCUAACUCGAGGCCACGAAUGUCUCAGGUGUUGCGGAUGUUAGAAGGAGACGUUGUCAUGAAUCCAAUUUAAAAGAAGCUUCACAAGGAAAUUUCUUAUUAUGGAAUUUGUACACUAUUAACUAUUUAGGGUUACUAUUACAGCUUUUUCUCUUAAAUGAGUUUUGCUUUUUGUAUGUAUGUAGUAAAAGUUUGUUAAUGAGACAAAGAUUCAAUUAAAGUUUGUUGAGAUUU